AUGAAGCUUACACGACCAACGCAAUUCCCUAUCGAAGCGGAUGGAGUUCCUCAAAAGCUCGUUGAUCCUUUCGACUUUGGUGGUGGUCACAUCAAUCCUAACAGAGCUUUGGAUCCCAGACUAAUUUACGACGUUGAUCCAAAUGAUUACUUCAAGUUCUUUAACUGCACUAAUGAUGCAUCAAAUUGUGACUUGGUGAAUGCUCAUUUGUAUCACUUGAAUCUGCCCUCCGUAUCCAUUUCUGAUCUCAAAUCAUCUGUCACAAUAAAGAGAAUUGUCACGAACGUAGGUGACACAAAUACAAUAUACAGAGCAAGAGUAGAAUCACCUCCGGGUGCUAAGAUUAUUGUGGAGCCUUCAGUCUUCAAGUUCAAUGCUUUCAACAAGGUACAUACUUUUGCUCUAACAUUCACCUCACUGCAUGCGGUGCAAGGAGACUUCAACUUCGGAAGUUUGACAUGGAGUGAUGGUGGAAAGCACUUGGUGCGAAUUCCUUUAGCUAUUCGGGUUACUAUACAAGAUUACUUCUCGGACACCUCCUACGUAGUGAAUUGUGUGUGA